AUCUUGUACCAGAAAGCUUCCUAUCAGUUUCUUUUUGCUCUUUACUUGCAAUCCCUCAGCCAAUAAAAAAUUGCCACUAGUUAGAUACAGCACAGAGGUGACAAUGAAACAGUUUGUAAGAGUGAGACCAAUCUGUCAAAAUAAUAAGCAAUUCAAUCAUGCAGACAUUAGAGUUUGAAAGCUACUGAUGAUGAUAUAUACAUUGAGAGAUAGAUAGAUUUACUGACAUAUAUACAUAUCAUUUUGUUGAUUUCUCUCUUUUUGUGUGAAGAGUGAUCGAGAUGGGAAAGACAAGCAAGUGGAUUAGAAAUUUCUUGACAGGAAAAAAAGAGAAAGAAAAGGAAAAAGAGAGAGAAAAAGAAAGGAAUUCAAGCAAUCAGCAACUCAAUUUGAAUGCUAAUGAGAACCCCACAACUCCAAUUUCGAUUCCGCGGCCGAUGACUCCGAAAGAGAAGCGGCGGUGGAGUUUCCGGCGAUCAUCGGCCACCACCGUGGGCGGUGGUCAGAAGGAGUUGGAGAACAUUGCCACCACGCCUCCGGCGGUGUUGGAAUCACAAUUUGAGCAGAAAAAGCACGCGAUGGCGGUGGCUGCAGCCACGGCAGCCGCCGCAGAUGCUGCCGUGGCGGCAGCACAAGCUGCUGCUGCCGCUGUGAUCAGGCUAACUUCCGCUGCCGCAGCCACCGGGAGAGCCAGUUUAAUAGAAGAGGCUGCUGCCAUAAAGAUCCAAUCUGUUUUUCGGUCUCAUUUGGCAAGGAAAGCACUUUGUGCAUUGAAAGGACUAGUGAAGCUGCAGGCAUUGGUGAGGGGUCACCUGGUGAGGAAACAGGCAACCACGACUCUCCGGUGCAUGCAGGCAUUGGUGACAGUUCAAGCUAGAGCUCGGGCUCAGAGGAUCAGGAUGGUCGAAGAAUCGAGGCCCGAUAAUCAGAGGCAGCAAUUCAAUCAUAGAAAAUCCACUCAGGACAACAAGUUCAGGCACUCCUACCAUGAGAUGGAUAGGGGUAUGGAGGAGAACAUCAAGAUUGUGGAAAUGGAUCUUGGGGAAUCAAAGGGAAGUACAAAGAGCCGAAACAGCUACUCAAGCCAUGCGCAAACAGAGCAGCAUCGAUUCUCCACACAUUCUGCACCAAAUCGCGUCUACUCAAAACCAGAUCACCGAGAAAUUUCACCACCCCCAUCAGCACUGACAGACAUGAGCCCGCGAGCUCACAGUGGUCAUUUUGAGGACUAUUGCUUCGGUACAGCACAGAGCAGCCCACAGUACUACUCUGCAGCCUCCAAACCCGAGCCCUAUCCAGAGUCCUUGACAUACGAGUACUCGUUCUUUCCAAAUUACAUGGCAAAUACUAAAUCUUCAAUUGCAAAAGUGCGGUCACAGAGUGCGCCAAAGUCAAGGCCUGACUCAUUUGAGAGGCAGCCAAGUAGGCGUAAUAGGCCAUCCCUAGAAGGGAGGAACGUGCCACGUGCUGUGAAGAUGCAACGGUCAUCCUCACAUGUGGGGUCUGUGGCUCAGAAUUUUCAGUACCCAUGGUCUGUCAAGCUUGACAAGUCGAGUGUUUCGCUUAAAGACAGUGAGUGUGGAUCAAACAGUACCGUCCUCACAAAUACUAACUACUGCAGAUCUCUUGUUGGAUUCAAUGUUAAUGGAAAUAGGUACUGAAAGUUCUUUCUUGAAACAGUAUCAGGGGCAAUAAGGUGUUUGAUACAAGCUAAUAAAAAAUUCUGACAAUUUUUUUUUUUUCAGUCUGAUUGUGGUUGUUAGGAGUGUUGUGUUCAGUGUGAGAGUUUUUUUGUUUUUGUUUUUGUUUUUGUUUUUGUUUUUAAUGUUUUCAUUCUAUUUGUUUGCUGAAAUUGAAUGUGUUCUUGAGGCCUGACUGCGAGCCAACUGCAUUGUAAGCACUGCAAAUUGUUCAUAAUAAUUUUAUUGAGUGCGAAUUUUUAAUCUCAA